AUGCUUCUCAUACGGCGCGGGGGUGUUACCAACUUGUCAAAACCUUUCCAUAGGUCAUUCUUUAACUUCCCUUCUUCUCUUCUUCCUACGGAUAAACCUCAGGAAUAUAUAGUAAAGAAACGUUUGAAUUUUACCCCCGAGUUAUUAUUUGAUGUUGUUUCAGACGUGUCCCAGUACCAUGAAUUCGUACCGUUUGUAGAAGAAUCGUUUGUUAGUGCUACUGACUCGCAUAACCUCCCUGCCGAGGCUGGUUUGCGUGUGGGUUGGAAACAGUUUGAUGAGAAGUUCACCUGCAAAUUGACAUGUGAAAAGAAUAAGUCAGUCAAGGCUGAAUCCUUAACUGUACUGUUGUUCGAGUCAUUGAAUACCCAAUGGAAAUUUAGAGAGGUGAAGAACCCACAUAUCAGAACCUCAAGUUGUGAAGUUGAACUCUCAUUAAGCUAUGCGUUCAAAAACCCAGUCUACAAUGCAGUUAGUCUGCUCUUUUCAGAACAAGUGACUCAACUCAUGAUCAAGGCAUUUGAACAAAGAGCAAGAGAUGAGAAACUUAAGAUGCUGAUCAAAGACCGUCCAAGGUUGUUGUAA